AUGGCAUACUCCAAUCACACACUCACAUCCGGCCAACCCCCUCCAUCUAAGAAACCCAGACUCAUGCCCAACCCUAUGAACUCUCUACCACCCCCUAUACAGACUGGUUCUCGACCAGGCGGACCGCCAGACCCAGCGGCUCUGACGAAGAAGCAAAAACGAGCGGCUCGAGACCAAUUCGUACUGCAAGAUGGACUAUAUGUCCGGAAAGUAAUGGAUCUCGUUCAUUCGAUCGAUACUAGCCGCAUCGCCGAACCAGAAGAGGUACCUUUGAACCUGAGAUACUUCUUUAAUCUACUUCAACGAGACGAUCCGAAUGAUCCUACGAGUGAAAGAUUGUUGAAUCCCAAAUGUACCGAGAAUAUCAUCUACCUCAUAACCUGUCUUACCGUCAACCAACUAAACCUGAAAAUACCAAAUAGAGUAAUGAGUGUCGAUCAUCAAACCAAUGUCGGUGUAAGAUGUGAUAGACCAGGAUUAGGAUUCAACUGUCAUGUGAUUAGGUUGAUAGGGUUGAUAAAGUCAGAAGAAUUGAAAGGGAUCUUAUGUUCUUUGAGUAAGAUAGGGAAUGGGUGUCAGGCCAACAGUACAAGUACAAGUGGAGAUACACAUACGGAUAAUAGCAAGUAUAGGGAAGUAUUGACCAGAGGUGGAUUCGAAUUUGGUUAUCUUUCCAAUCACAAGAUCAAAGGAUAUAACAUGCAAUCGAUAGGGUAUAACAAUGUCGAAGAUAUAAUUCAGAAUGUUGAAUGUCCAAUGACGAAAUUGAAUUAUGGAUAUAUACGAAUGGUCUUGACUAGAGUGAAAAUCCAACUCAUGUCACUCGAAUCGAACUUGAUGACUAGAUGUCAAACUAUCAACCACUUUGCUUUUACGCAAAUGCAGAAAUACCUAACCAUCUAUAAAGGUAUCAAUAAUGGAAUUAGCAACACGAUGGCCAAACUGAAAUACGGUGGAUUGGCCACAACAAUCAAUAUAGGUUUAAUCGAAAAUCUCAUCCCGACCUACCCACAUAUUGAAGAAAGCCAUAGUGAUAAUCUACCUUCCAUUAUCGUUCAAUUGAAUGGACCGACCAGUACGAUUAGGUUCCCGCAAUUGCAUCUGGACGUAGAGAUAAGUACGGGAAAUGUACUGGUGGUACCGUUGGGUAAUCUUCUACAUCAUUAUGUCGUCCCUCCUGCUUCACCAGCUGAUGAAAGGCAAGAUCAGAAAAGAUUAGUGAUGGUAUGUUAUACAAGGAAAUGUAUCGAAGAGGAGUAUGAGCGUAGUAGAAAAGGUAUAAAGUAG